UCUAGGUGGAAGAGCCAAAGCUCAAAUGGCUAAAUUCCAACUUCUGUGGGCUUCAGCCGGGGUGAUCGUUCUCUUGUGCGGAGGGUGUCAUUCACUGCUGCCAGCUUGCGGCCAGGCUCCAAAGAACACCAGGAUUGUUGGAGGUCAAAAUGCGUCUCCGGGAAGUUGGCCCUGGUUUGCAAGUAUUAAGACUGACGGCCGUCCCUUCUGUGGAGGAUCACUAAUUACCAAUCAGUGGGUGCUGACAGCGGCACACUGCCUGGGCAGUAGGGAUGACCUCCUUACCACAAUGGUUUCUCUGGGCAGCCAAAGCCAGACGGUUAUAAACUUCAACGAAGUGCGGACGACUCUCGAGAGCAUCGUGUGUCAUCCGUCAUUCGAGUUCCUGACCAACGAUAACGACAUAUGUCUCCUGAAGCUGUCCUCUCCGGUGAACUUCACCGACUACAUAUACCCGGUGUGCUUGGCCUCGGCAGGGAGCACCUUCCACACCGGGGUCAACAGCUGGGUGACUGGGUUUGGUAGCACUGACCCCAGUUCGCCUUUCGGAGUUGAGAUCCUGCAGGAAGUGAACGUACCAAUCGUUGGAAACAAUGAGUGCAGGUGCGCCUAUCCUCAAAUCACAGAUAACGUGAUCUGUGCUGGGCUCAGAGAGGGGGGGAAGGAUGCGUGUCAGGGAGACUCGGGGGGCCCAAUGGUGACCAAAGAUGGUUCCAUUUGGGUCCAGAGUGGAAUCGUGAGCUUUGGCGAAGGCUGCGCCAGGCCCAACACCCCUGGAGGCUACGCCCGCGUGUCCCAGUACCAGGAAUGGAUCUCCAACGUUACCGGUACCAGCCGACCAGGCUUCGUCACCUACACAUCGCCUGGAGUGGACAGCGACCUAAAUUUGAACUGUUCUGACGUAAGACUCACAACCAAACCAACCCCAACCACCGCGCAGCCAGUCACAGAAGGCCCUACGCCUGAUGGAAGUGUGUUCUCCAGUGGUGAAAGCAUGAUCCAUUUCUCCCACUUCAGCCCACUUGGUCUCUUGCUGGUUUCCCUGUAUGUGCUGGUCCGUCAGGUCUAACAGGAACAUGUUAACUAUUCGCAGAAAUG